AUGGAGGAGUGGCUUCCUGUAACUUCCUUAGUUUUGGCGCCACUGGAAAAACAAGGCCAAAUGGAGCUUUUGGUGUCACAUCUUGGGCUCACACCUAGCUUGUUUACUCCUUGUAGUGUUUUUUUUCGUUUGAAACCAUUGGGUCAUCGUGGCUACCUAUUGAUUGUUUCCACAUUCUAUCUUAGAUAUAGACUCAACCAAAGGGAAAGAGCAAUAAAUGUGGAUCCUAGUUGGCUGCAGUUUGGCCAGCUUUUUUUGUUGUUUCGUCGAAAGGAAAAGGUGUAUCAAAAAGCAGGUAUUAUAGUUUUAUAA